CCCUUUACAUAAAUCUACAUUUUUAAAGUAAUGAAUGAAAAUGUGUCGUUCGGAGCUUUAUUGAAUAAGACCUGUCGCUGGUGUAUGUUUGUGACGCAUUUACUGACGUUAUUAAGCAUUUGAAACGACUUCUUGUCUUUUUGGUGCAAUGUUUGUUUAGCUAGCCACGAUGAUGCUAUCGGGUCCGCUAAAACUAGCGGUUAGAGCACUGUUGUGACAUAAAUGCCCUAAUGGGUGUUAUACGGUCCGUUCUUCUGUAUAAUCCAAAGAGGAAGAAUAUGCUUUUUAUAUUGUUAUUUGUAACGUAUUAGUAUUUGUUGUUGUUACCGUUAAUCUGGAGCAAGAGGCGUCUCCCGGUUUAUUGACAUAGCUAGCUCUGUUAGCCUGCUGGUGCAGAGAUGUAGCAAAGUAUGUCAGGCUCGACGAGUGAACUGUUAGUGAGUCUGUCUUCUGCGCUUGUGAACUGCUGUCGGGGAAGCAAAAUGAACAUAGAGUUUCUGGGUUUUCCGAAGAUAUAGCGUUGUUGAGUUUGACAGACUUACUUAGGCUUAAAAUAGUAACACGUUUACUGAAAUAGCAAAGGAAUAAGUGUGAGGUUGUACAAAACAAACGCAUUGGUAAAUGUGUAGUGUAGUUUAUCUGCAGGUUACUUUAGUUUAUACAUAAUGUGCAUGUUCAUAUAUAUUAUACUAAAAGUGUACAUUUCAUUUCUUCUGUCCUCAACAGCUCACAUUGCCUGCUUCUAACAAGUUAUUCUGAUAUCGCUCUAAAUAAAAUUUUUCUUUUUUUAUGGACAAGAAAACCAUCUAAUGCAUUACCCUCCUACAUUCUCAUCUCCCCAUCUGGUGCACUUUAUUCAGUUGUUACCUUGCGAUGGCAGUACAAGACCCUGGCAGGACUACAGGAUUUCUUUGCAAGGAGUGUGGCAUUGCCUGCCCAAAUAUGCCCAGGCUGCUCGAGCACAUGGAUACACACCUUCAACAAGACGGAGAACGCAAAUUUAAAUGUGAUGAAUGUGGACGUGGCUAUAGGCAUGCUGGAAGCCUAGCUAACCACAAAAAGACUCACACAGUGGGUUCUUUCCAAUGUAACAUAUGUGGUAAAGACAACUCCAAUGCUUUGGCCCUGAAGAGUCAUCUCCGGAGCCACACGUCGCCGAAGAAGUACUCCUGCGCAGAGUGUGGAAAAGCAUUUCGUCUGGCAUCACAGCUGGCUACGCAUGAGAGGGUACAUCUCGCCAAACGAGCAAAGGAGCAGUCCUACAGGAAGGUAGAUGUGGAUAAUGUCACACGUGAAACUAGACCUAAAAUUAAAAACAAUCACUCUCAAAACUUCAGUGGGCAUUUAGUCAAUGCAGGGACUUCUACUGAAUAUAGCCCAGCUGAGAUCAAGAUGGAGGAGGAUAUAUACAAUGCAAAAGCUGAGACGGCAUCAGACGAUGCAGCAAAUCGGCCUUUCAGAUGUGACUUGUGUGACAAAUCAUACAUACACCAUCGGAGCCUGGCCAAUCAUAAAAAGACUCACCAAGUGGGGAAGUUUGAGUGCACAGUAUGUUUAAAACUGUUUAAUAACAUGGCUGCCCUCUACAGCCACCAGAGAACUCACAAGGCCAGAAAUGGGCCAGACAACAGUUCACUGGGGGGGUUGUACACAGGGACUCCAAUAGACCAGUUUUCACCUCAGAAGCAGGAUGCUCAAGUAAAUUUUUGCCAUUUGUGUCAGGUACUAUUUCCCAAUGAUGAUGAGUUCCAGGAACACAUCCAAAUGCAUAACUCUGCAUCUCUGUCCUUCGGGCUUCAAGAUGCCUUGUCAGAGAACCAUAGUAUAUCGUACGAUGGUAGUAUUGCUUCACCGGAGUCAAAUCUUUAUUCACCUGUGAACAAUAUUCCUUCAGUAUCAACUGUAGAUAAUCAUCAAAGUUUUGAUCAGCCACAGGUGCAAAUGAGAGGAAACAGUCACAUAUAUUCAGUUUGCUCCAAUAGCCAACCCCCAUCUUCCAAUAGCACUCAGGGAGAACCCCCGAUUAUGGACGCAAGCAAUCUCAAUUCCUGCCUAACACACACACAGUACACAGACAAUGCAUCUGACAUGGCAGAGGAAACAGCUGUAGAUUCUGGUGAUCGUCCCUUCAAGUGUCAAACCUGUGGUAAAAGCUAUCGCCACUCUGGGAGCCUCAUUAACCACAAAAGGUCACAUCAGGUUGGAAUUUACCAGUGUUCCAUCUGUAGAAAAAGUUAUCCUCACCUGGCAGCCCUCAAAAGUCAUCUUCGCCUCCACAAAACUCAGCUGCCGUCUUUUAGCCCCAAGUCUGAGGGAGACUGGCUCUCCUCUGAGCCGCUUACUCUGGAUAACCAGCAGAGCUGCUUUUCCUCACACGAUGAAGAGGACAGCGCUCACCCUGUGCUUGGUAUUGAUCAGGAGAAUGGAGUAAAUCACAGCAAUGGACUGUUGUACCAUGAGCAUUUUAAUCAGGACUUCUCCCAGGAUAUGAGUGUGCAUCUACCUCACAAUGACCACCUGAUGCAGAGGCACAUGUGUGCAGACUGUGGUGAGACAUUUGCAGAUAUUCCAGGGAUUAAGUCUCACAAUUGUCCGCUGCUACAGCAGCAGCACGACACUACUAGCAAUGACUAUGACACUAAUGUAAACCUCCAGGACAGCAUCAGUCACUGUGCCCUUGGAAAUCCGGGAAGUAAUGUAGACUUUCACAGCGACCAAAAUUACUUUGACCAGAAUUUCCAUAACAGUCUAAAUGGUGACCAGGUAAAAGAUGGCACAGACAGUGAUGAUGCUGAAGAGGACGAUGACGAUGAUGACGGCGACCUUUACCAGUGCUCUAUAUGUGGCAACAGCUACACCAGCAUGAGGGCUCUCAGGAGCCACCUCCGAGGGCACACACAGUCUCACAGUACUCCUGCGAGCUCAGGGCCUUCUUCCUUGUCCUCCCACGAGACGGUGAAAGACGAUGAGGUGGGAGAGAUGAUGAUCUGUAGUACCUGUGGGGAGAGUUUUGCCAAUAGGCAGGACUUCAUCACACAUCAGCUUCUACACAAGAACCAGACAGGGCAUGAUUUACAGACGAGCAAUGAUGUAUCUGGUGAUAAGGAAGAGGCACAGAGCAACAUCUGUGGUAGCUGUGGCAUCUUCUGCACGAGCUACCAUCAUCUCGAGAACCACGGUUGCACAUCUGAGAAGAGCGAGGAGUUGCAGCAUAGUGAAGAGGAAAACUUAGUGAACGACAUCACCCAGCGUAAAGACACAAACCUCAUCAAAGAAAGCGAUUCUAAGGCUCGUCGGUACAAAUGUGAUCAGUGUGGGCGAUCGUACCGACAUGCCGGCUCUCUCCUCAACCACAAGAAGUCUCACAAAACAGGCGUGUUCCGAUGCCUCGUGUGCCAGAAGCGCUUCUACAACCUGUUGGCCCUCAAAAAUCAUCAGAGGUCUCACUUCGAUAUUAAAAGGCACACUUGUCAGGAGUGUGGGAAAGCCUUUAAAAUUCAGAAGCAACUGUUGAGCCACCUCAGAAGGCACAAAGAGAACCAAGCCAAAAUCCAGGAACUCAACAACCAGAUUCAGGCCCUCAUGCAGAUGAACGGGACUAAAUCAGGUUCAGGAAUGCAGUCUCCAAAUGCCAGUCUGGCUUUUACAUCCAGAGAAACAGAGACAGAAAAUCUGAAGUCUGAGACCCCAGUCAAAUCAGAGGAUACCGAUGACCAGCGGCCUUUCGCCUGUGACCAGUGUGGCCGUACCUAUCGCCAUGCUGGAAGCCUGGUCAACCAUCGAAAUUCCCAUAAAACAGGCCAAUAUUACUGUUCUGUUUGUAACAACACUUACUCUAAUCAACUAGCAAUGAAGAACCACUUGCGCACCCAUUUUGCAUAUAAGAAGCACUCUUGCCAAAACUGUGGAAAAGGCUUUAGAGGAAAGAAGCAGCUCUUGGCCCACAUUUGUGCCGACCUCCGAAAGGACAGAGCCUCAGGCAGGAGGAGCCUCAAAUCUAGAGUUUUUAAGUGUAAGGAAUGUAAACAGGCCUUUCUCUCUGCCGACCAACUGGACGCCCACACCUGUGACGGACCUUCAGGCAGCAGUGCUGCAAAAACAUCUCCAGUAAAAGAAGAGCGACCUUUCACGUGCAACAUCUGCAAUCGCAGCUAUCGCCACGCCGGCUCACUUCUGAACCACAAAAACACCCACAAGACGGGGCACUUCAGCUGCAACUUCUGCUCCAAGCCCUUCACUAACCCCAUGGCCCUGCGCAAUCACACGCGCAUCCACACGCAGAAGAAAAAGUACGUGUGCCUCACGUGCGGGAAGGCCUUCCGCCUCGCCAGUAUCCUGCACAACCACCAGAGGGUCCACAACCGAGCGGCGAGCCACUUUAGAUGCUCGGCCUGUGGGAAGAGCUUCCAGGGCAGGUCUGGUAUGAAGAGGCACCGCUGCUGCAGAGGUCAGGAGAACUCUGCAAGAGCUGGAGUGCAGCAGUCGGAGAGGGCAGACAAGUGCUUCACGUGUGACCUGUGUGGCCGCUCCUACCGCCAUGCUGGCUCCCUCCUCAACCAUAAAAAGACCCACUCUGAAAACCUGCUGCACUGUACUCUGUGUCUCCAAACGUUCCCCGAUCCCGUCAGUCUGCAGUUACACUCCCAGAUGCGGCGCCACUGCUGCCCCGACUGUGGUAAGACUUUCUGCCUGGUUGCACACCUGCAGAGCCACAUGGAGGUGCACUCAAAGGACAGGGCUGUGGUCUGCAGCAUAUGCCAGCAGAGCUUUCCCAACACAGCCAGCUACCAGCAGCAUCAUGACAUGCACCACAGGGCUCAGGGCCCAUAUCAGCCAGGGGUGGAUGAAGCUGCAGAUAACGACCUCCACUGGGACUCAGUAAAUCAGACUAUGAGGAUGAAUGGGCUGGAGAAGCCGGUCCCACCACCGUUGUCCCAUAUUCCAGAAAACAUCAGACAUUCACAGAAGAGUGACGACACUGCGGGCGCGGAAGAGAAAAGUCACGUGUGUGAGCACUGCGGCCGCACUUAUCGCCACGCCGGCUCCCUCCUCAACCAUAAGAACAGCCACAAGACGGGCUCCUUCUUCUGCUCUGUGUGCCAGAAAGAGUUCACCAACCUGAUGGCCCUCAAGAACCACAGGCGCAUUCACACGGAGCCCAAGCGCUACCAGUGCCUGGAGUGCGGAAAGGCAUUCCGUGUGUCCACUCAGCUCAUAUGUCACCGAAGGAUUCACACCAAAGAGAAGCCCUUCGUCUGUCUGCUGUGCAACAAGAGCUUUUCCAGCAAGUCCAACCUGCGGCACCAUCAGAAGAUGCACCAAAACACCCAGACCUAUGACUCCUUCAGCAUAGAUGCCGACUCCUUUAUGGACAUGGACAUGGGCUCCUUUCUUUGAAAUCAUACUCUAAGAAGAGGACAGGUGGUCCUUUGUUAUUUAUCCAUCUAUCAAUAAUUGUAAAACAGUUAGUUUUUUCAGAACUUGCUCCGUGGUCCUUGUAGAAGCACCUUUUGAAGACGCACAUCUCAUUACUGACUUCCAGUCUUAUCUCCACAGCAGAUGGCAACAUCGCUGAAAAGCCUCCAGAGAGUUUAUCUGGCAGCUUUCACCAAGGCUUGAAUGUUUUCCGCGAAUACACAGGAUCCCAGAAUACAGGUCAGGAGACGAAUCAGCUGCCGCUUAACCCUCAGUGACAAACCAACCAACCAAAGUGAACACAAAGGUGCAGCGCUGGUCCGUGUAGGAACGUCAACAGUGACAAGCUUUUGUAAGACAGUACUGUUCUAACAACUACUUCUCCUGUGCUACAGUAUGUAUUAUUGUGUUCAGUGCCUCUGUAAGUUCUUUAGGAAACAAAGUAUAAAUACACAAACUAUAUUUAUCUCAGAAUCACUUUUGUUAGCUUUGCUAUCAGUUCUGAACAACUGUUCAACUUUCUUUUGGGAUCUCACAUAGGGCAAACCUGUUAAAUACCUCUGGGUGUGCAAAGGUCAGUGGCAAAGUGGUUUACUGAAACUGUCAAGUAAAUAGUCGCACUGCUAAUAAUAUUCACAUUGAGUUACAUUGUAUGCUAAAAUGGAUGUAUUUAUUAAUUUAUUGCUGUUAUUUUAUGUAUAUAUAUCAUUAUAAAAAAAAAGUACAAGCUGUCUUCUGAAACCCAUGUAGCGUUUAAGGAAAUCCAUCACUCGAUUUGUAACUCAGUUUGUAGGUUGCACAGGUUAGAGCGAAUGAGCCAAGUUGGGUGACUGGCAGCACUCAGGGUCAACCUUCAAAAGGUCUGUACCUGACGUGUGACGCCCUGUCGUCAGUUUCUGAACUGAGCAUAAGACCUAGGUGAUGAUGGUUGUCAGUCUCUCCAGUGUUGAGGUGCAGCUCCACGUGCAGUGCAUGCUGUAAUCAGAAGCAUCAUCUACAUUGACGUGCCAGUGCCUCAAAUGUAAGUUGAUUGUAGCAGUUUAAUGUGAACUUGUUAUACUGUACAACGGUAUUUCCCCCUUUUUAACUCUAAUGACUCAGUCCACUCAGCCAUUAACGUUUAGAAAUUGAGUAUGCUGACAAACAAAAGUAUUGAAAACCAUAAGGUGAAAGUCACUUCUUUAGCUUCUGUCAAAUCACUUUGCAUAUGUAGUUUUUAACAAAAGGGUGAACAGAAUGCCUCGUUUCUAGGAAGCACAAAUAUUACCAAGACACAACAGAGCUGUGUAGGAGCACCCAGUUUCAUCUCAGCCUUCAGGUUCAUGAGUCACAUUUGUUCUGUGCAAAAUGUGCAAUUAUUGAUUCUUUGGAUUACUUUGGUCCUGUUGUCUAAUGUGCCUAUUGUUCCUUAGGUGGUUUCUUUCAACAAAUAAGAAAUCUAGCAAAAGUGAACACUUUUUUUAAUAAUCUUUUUUUUUGCCUUACUCAUUACGUUUCUCAUUGUAGUAUGUGCCACUGGUCAGAAGUAUGAAAUACCUCAUUGAAAGCCCUGCCUACCUAGCAACUGAUACUUAAUGCCUCAUACAAUUUAAUUGUAAAGAAACUGUAAGCAUAAAGGCUCCAGUAGUUAUCCAUGAUGAACCACAGAAUGGAGGAAGCAUUGUCUUUAGUUCGCAGAGGUUCCUUUCCUUCUUUUUGUUCUAUUUGCACAUAUGUAGUUGUAGCCUAAUGAGGACAGGCAGGAUUUAAUAAUGCAGCAGACAAGUUGUUUUGUGUGGGUUCGUCAUUAUUGUAUUAAAUGUGUCGGUCGGCUCCUCGGUAGCUGACCUCAGCUAGUUGGCAGGUCGUAGUAUUUAAGCAAUAUGCUGCAAGUUUCGUUUCACUGCAUGACCUGAGUGCGCGAUUCCAUUUACUCACACUAGCCUUGAAAAACCACAACGCCGCACCACGUCCUCUCCUGUUACCGGUGAUGCAUAUUGAUUUUGGUGUGUCAGAUUAUCGUGACACGUUCUUCUGCCUCUGUAGCGUUUAUGUAAAGCAACACGCGCACAUUUCAGGUAAAACUGCAAUUUGAUUUAUUGAUCCCAUUCACCGCCGGGUAGUUUUAUGUGUAAAUAUUAGACUCACAAUAUCAGAUGGAUCUCUGUAAACUCAUGGCAAGAUUUUCCUCAACAGGAGUAAACUGCUAGAUUAGCUAUUGUGUAAUAAAAUCCUUAUUCCACAUGUUCUGAUGUAUUGGAUUUUUAGUGCUAAGAAAUGUCUGGUCAGUAUUUAGUUCAUAUUUCUAUAACUAUUUUGUCACUGAAGCGUAGAUUUUUACUCAUGUUAGAGUUAGUUUAGAAUCUAAGGAGAUUAUUGACAAAACUAGUUUAAAUUAAUUAAACGACUUAUACAAGACGG